AUGCCGCCCAGGUCGUCCCUUACGUCGUCCUUCUCCAUCACCGACACCAACAACGAGGUCGUCUGUCCGCUGCGGAACCAAGAUGGCUCGAGUUGUCGCAAGCGCUGCAUCGGCGAAAAGAGAUAUCGCUCCAUGCAGGAGCAUAUCCGUCGAGCACACCCGGAACACUACAUCGCGAAACUCCCUGCCACCGAAGAGAGUUUCCUGCUCAUGAUUAAUACCCCACCCCAAGAUCGAUCUCAACUACAACAGAACCAACCCCAGCCCCAGAACAAUGGGGCACCACCCCUUACAAACCAUGUCGUGCAGAGUGCCAUUGGCCCGGGCAGAGGCUACCAGCAGGUGAACCAUGGAUAUUUCCGAGACGACUCGAGUGCCCCCGACACGCCGAGAAAUCUGGCCGACUUUGCCGGCGGCGCCAUGCUGCCAACCGAAAGCGCUGCUGCCGCUCUUGCCCAGCUCGGGCAGGCUCACAAUGAUAGAGGAUGGGAAUCUGGCGAAGACUGGCAUUCGGACACAGACGGCCCUCGAAUUCCUCGGAGCACCAUUGAACUCCCGCCGAUCCACCUCGAACCGACGAGUGAACCCUACCCUGCCAUGAACGCCGGUAGACAACCGCACCAGCAACGAGAUCUGCUGCCGUCUAUUCUAUCUAACUCGCCCCCGGGCCGCUCCUCAACACUCCCUCCCAUACAACGCCCGCUCGGGCCAAACAGGCGUCGAAAGCAGUCUGUGACCAAGCCGGGCCACAAGAAGCAAAAAUCUCGUGGAACCGCCGCGGAUUGGCUUCGGAGGAUCCAGAAUGAUGACCGUUUGAAGCCUGGAGGUCCUGAUCGCAAAGCUCAGUCUGUCGAACCGUCCAUGGACUAUGGCAAGCGCUGGGAGGAUCUGAUAGACGCUGCUGCAUCUGCCACGGAGGAUAUAGAGGAUGACAGAACUCCUGUGAGUCUCGGCUCGUUCGGGAUCGACCCUGCCAGACUAACAUAUCAGGUCCCUCAAUCUCCCAUAUCCAUCCAUCGGGCCUCACUGCCCCCUUUCCCCCACAAUAACCACCACAGCUUUCAAGGCUACCAAGCAUCUCCGCUGCAGCAAGCCCUCACACCCCCCUCGUUUGCUCAAGAAAUGCCUGAACCGUUCCCGUCCGUGGAAAGUGGUGAGAGUGGUGAGAACUUCCACAUUGGCGCGGCCGGCCUCUCCGACUCUUCUCCGAGCUACUCUUCCCAGGAAGUGCAUAUCUACUGCGCUGCCUGCCAGAAGAGCUCCAAACUGAGAGAGUCCUACGCAUGUACCGAGUGCAUAUGCGGGCUCUGCCGAGAAUGCGUGAACAUACUGAUGGAGGAGCAAGGGGCACGCAGGAAAUGCCCACGCUGUGCCACUAUUGGUGGCCGGUUCAAGCCUUUCCAAUUAGACAUUCGAUGA